AUGGUUGAAAUAGAUUUUAAUAAGGAGAACGAGGAGGAUUACUCCGAUCCAGCGGAUUUCGUUGACGAUGUAACCGAUGAUGUUCUCGUCCCCGAUGUUCUUUACAAAAAGCCAACCAUCGAUGAGUUUGAAGGCAACGUCUUCAUCGCCGGUAUCCCAGUUGUUGGUGCCGAACGUAUCGCUAGACUCCAAAGUGUGUUGAAGAAGGUUCUAGAGAAAUUGGAGCCAGGAGUCAAGAUUUUCAUCCCACCAAGCCCAGAAGGAGGAUCUUUGGGAGUCCUUCUCACCGAGUGGCCCGACAGCCGGUCCGCCGCGUUCGCUGUGAAAAGUCUUGAUGGCUACUCUUUCGACAAGAACCACACCUUCUCAGCCCGCUUUUUCACGGAUAUGAAGAAGUUGGAAGCUCCAUCUGAUGCCUGGACGACUCCAGUGAAGUCAGAAUACUCGGAUGUUGGAGAUUUGUGGUGGUGGCUUCAGAAUGAGCGUUGCCGUGAUCAGUUCGCAAUUUCUCAUGAUAAAUUGGGAAUACCAACUGUUGGCGUGUUCACGAAUAUGAAGGGAAACGAUCCAGAGCUUGCUGGAGAUCCGGAGAAGGCCGAGAGAGCUAACUGGACUGAAACCGUCUUCACCUGGUCACCACAUGGUUCCUAUCUCUCCACGAUCCACAAGCGAGGAAUAAUCCUCUGGGGAGGCAAAGACUACGCUCGUGCCCACCGAUUCGCCCAUGACAACGUUCAAUACAUUGAUUUCUCGCCAUGCGAAACCUUCCUGGACACCUACCUGGGGAGACUUGAGAAGAAAGUUCCUGAGAGUUUGGGAUUCCGAACUGGAGAAUUGAAGAAGGCCUACUCGACCUUUGAGCUCACAGGAAGAACUCAGCUGCCAACGUGGCCAUUCUUCAAAUGGUCCAUCGACGAGAAGUACUUUGCAUGUCUCAAGGCUCCAGAGAAGGAUAAGCUUGAAAGAGAGAAGAAGAUCGAUGGAAUCUCGAUUUUUGAGUCGGAAACCUUCGAACUUGUUGACAAACGAGCCGUUACGAUUGAGAAUAUCAAGCACUUUGACUGGUCACCAACUGCUCCAAUCCUUGCUUAUUAUUCUGAGUGCACAGACGCAGUUCCAGCUGAGUUCGGACUUCUUCAAGUUCCAUCCAUGCAACGGCUGCGUUCGGCUCGCGUUCACAACGUCGCCGAUGCUCAAAUGUUCUGGCAGAAGAGUGGAAAGCGGUUGGCGUUCUACACGAUGAGAUAUAAGAAGAAGGAGUUCAGAGAGACUGGAGAGGUUAAAUAUGUGGGUGGCUGCCAAUACCAUGUGGACAUCUUCGAGAUUGACAAGAAGGACGUCUCCCUGAUGAACCUCCCUCUUGCAGAACCAUUCAUCCACUUUGACUGGGAUCCAGAAGGCGACAAGUUCUGUGUUCUCGUCGGAAACACCGCCAAAGCCACACCCCAGGUCUACAAGAUCGAAGCCAACAGCCACGCGCCGAAACUUGUGAGCAAAUUGGACGCCGGAGUUCACUUCAAUGAGGUCCAAUUCGCCCCGAAAGGAGGAUGGUUGGCGGUUCUUGCCAAGGUGUCAGCUGGUGGAAAUGUGUAUUUCAUUGAUACUUCGCUGGCGGAAGCUAAGAGAACCAAUGUCAUCGAGCAUCCAUUGUUCAAUAAGGGAUAUUGGGAUCCAACUGGACGCUACUUUGUCACAUGCUCCACGUUGGGAGGAAGAGCUGGAGCCGACUUGGGAUACCGAAUUUUCACAUUCCAAGGACGAGAACUCUGCCGGAAAAACUUGGAUCGUCUGGCGCAAUUCAAGUGGAGACCAAGACCGCCGGUGAAGUUGAGUGAGCAGAAGCAGAACGAGAUUAGGAAGAAUUUGAAGAAGACCGCCGCCAAAUUCGUGAAGCAAGACGACGAUGAGAAGUGUCGGGCGUCGCAGGAGGUCGUUGAGAAGCGUCGCAAGAUUAUGGCCGCGUUCGACGUCAUCAGAAACCGAAAUCGUGAAUGUUUGGAGAACACCCGUCAUUUGCGCAUCGCACUGCGCGACGGAGUGGACACCGAAGCCCAACUGGACGAGGAUGAAUUUGUGGACGAAGAGAUUACAAUUGCGUUGAGCACGAGCAAAACCGCCGCACCUCUAUCGGAGGAGGACGAGAGGGACUAA